ACAGCUCGAGCCAUGUAUACGUGGUCACAUUUUCGUUUUCAGCAACAUCUGGCCCAUAAAGCACGUGAACAUCCAUGGUAUCGAAUAAUUAUUUGCACAGAAGAAUAUACAAGUAAAACUUGUGGAUUCUGUGGUUACAUCUACCACAAGCUAGAUGGAUCUAAAGUAUUUUGUUGUCCUAAAUGUAAAACAGAACUUGAUAGGGAUAUUAAUGAUGCUCGCAAUAUUUUUCUUCGCUACCUUACUAAAAAAAAUAA